AGCCUGGCACUGGGCUGCAGACAGACAGAGUGGCUGCAGAUGAAGUUUUCGGUCACACUGCACGGUGCGACUUUCAGGAAUUCAUAUUAACCGUCCAGAUUUUCUAACUUCCCACUGACAUGUUGCGAUGUUCCGUGCAGCCUUUCAAAACGUGGACUUGUUUUGGGUAAUUUUGCUGUGUUUUGUUCUUCUACCGGAGGCUGGCGGUAGAUCAGCCGAUGCAGACAGCUGUCAUGAGGUGAAGACAGCCUACAUGAUGCGCCAAAUAGGCCCGGUGGAGCUGGUGCCAGACAGACCGGGACCAGAUGAGUCUCUCCGAGUGUGUGUCCACCCUGGGCUCAGCUGCUGUACCAGUAAGAUGGAGGACAGCUACAUGGCAGCUGUUCGCAGUGAAACACAGCAGAAGAUGCGAUCUUACAGUUUCGAACUCAAGUACCUGAUUGCUGGACACAUCAAGGCGUACCAAGAACACUUUGAGAUGCUACUUUCUUUUACAUCCAAUCUGACCAGCACUCUGUUUGACAGUGCCUACUCUGCGCUGGCGUCGGACUGUCGCCCUCUUGUGUUUCAGCUGUUCACUGACAUCAAACGGCACCUUUCUGGAGACUCUAAUUCCUCCUUGGACAGUGCUGUGCGUCGAUUCUACAAUGACCUCUUCCCACUGGUCUAUCGCCGCCUGCUCAACCCUGGUAUAGGCCAAAUGUCAGUCCGUACCUAUAACUCCCUUUCAACCAGUCACGAUGACUGCUUGCGCAUGACACGGCGGGACGUCAGCCCAUUUGGACCUCAUCCUCGCCUACUCGUCAGCAGCCUGUCACGAGCACUCGGGCCGGGUCGAGCGCUGAGCCGACUGUUGAGACUGGCUGGAGAGGUUGUGAACGCGACCGAGAAGGCGACAUUAUCCAGAGACUGUUUGCGAGGGUUAGUGAGGAUGCAGUAUUGUUCCCACUGCAGAGGACUCACACUGAUACGGCCCUGUACUGGACUGUGUAUCAACAUCAUGAGAGGAUGUCUGGUGGGUGUAUCUGAGCUGGGUGGCCCCUGGGGGAGUCUGGUGGUAUUGCUUCAACGCCUAGCUGCUACUUUAGCAACCAGCAGCAACCACAACAGCAUGGAGUUAGCUCUCUUAGCUGUGAGACACCAUGUAAAUGAUGCCAUACUGCAUGCGCAGCUGCAUGGGCCACGCAUCACAGCCACAGUAGAGAAAGUGUGCGGCAGCCAGGCAGCUGGUCCUGUGAUGAUGGGCCCACAGUCAACUACCGUGCACACUACAACAUCAGCAAACUUGGAGAGGUUGCCCGCGACUUUGCCUCCUUCAGUUGGUCCACCAGUUCAUCGGCGAUUGCGGCUGCAAUCCCGGAGGUCAUUCCCUCUUAAAGGUACCAGAGGGGAGAAGAGUGGAAACCUGAAAAAAAUAUCAAGAGAGUUUGAGGGCUCUAUCCAGCGGUACCAGUGGUUUUUCACCGAGUUGCCAGAGAUGCUUUGUGAAAGUGAAAUGGAAGUGGAGCAGCACACAUGCUGGAGCGGCCAAGAUGUCGUAGAGAGUUAUGCAGGUCGUGUGGUUGGCAACACUUUAAAAGCCCAGAGGGAGAAUCCCGAGCUGACUGUGCGCAAUACGGAUCCUGUCCUGAAGGGCGCAAAACAGAGGCUGGAACAGCUAACACAGGAGCUAUUAGUGGAGCUGGGCUGGGCGAGCAAAGUGAGAGGAAGGGUUGAGGAAGAGGAGGGAGGGAGCGCCCACACGGAGGGAGGCAGCGGAGACGACUGCGAUGAUGAAGAUGGCUGUGAAGCAUCUGGUGAGGAGAGCGGGGACGAGCCAGGUGAUGCACCCAGCGGUCGUAGUCCAGUAGGAAAGGACAGGACCCCACCUCGUCGUCGCCCAGUCCUUCCUCAUCUCCUCUCACCUACGCAGGUGCCUGUUAAAGGCUCCGCCCACACGAUGACUUUUGAGCCUUUGACCCUGCUCUCUCUGCUGCUCUUUCUGCUGUCACCAUGGGAACCACGCUGAUGAGGAGGAGAAAGAUUUGGGGCUGUACAGUGACAGGAAGUGUUGAAAGACUGUAUUUUUGUGUGUGUGCGUGUGACGCUGAGUACUUUCUGUAAGCACAGCUCAACCUAAAUGAUUGUUAUGUUGUUCUGGGUCACCUAGCUGUUGGUUUAACACAGCUACAGGUGCGCAGUAUGCAUUUUUUUGUAUUACCUGUACUUACCUCUACAUGUGUUCAUUUGUAUUUAACUUUUAUAGAAUAGACCACACAGCACUACUGACUUUUUUUGAAGAGAUAUGUAAAUACAAAUAUAUAUAUUAUAUAUAUUUAUAUAAAGAAUUUCUAAAGAUAACAAAGGAUUGACUGUAAAUUGAGGUUAUUCUAGAUCAGAGCAGGACAUUAAGGGAUGUUUGGUUUAGUAUUAUCUUUAAAAGAUGUACAGUAUCUUCCACAGACACUAAGACCUGUAGCAAGUAUAGCUCAUGCUGAGGACCUCCCUCGUUAUUGAAGCAGUGUGGUUGGAGGGAACGAAAACUUGUGAAGCCUCAUUAAUGAAGAAGAUACAGGCUGUAAAAGUCCAUCUAGGCACUUUCUUAAAAAAGCAAAACAACCAGCUAUGUGUUACUUCAGACUAUUAACAGAUGGUCUUGCAGUUUAGUGAAGAUGUUCACAGUUUGCUCAGUAAUUGUGCAAACUGAAGCUAACUUAUAGCCCUCAAACAUACGUUUUUAUUCAUGCAAGCUGGGUGUGUAUUUCUGCAGCAAAGCAGAAUGCUCUUUUUUAUUUCUCCAUAAAUGUUUUGGAAAUAUGCCCUCUGGUAAUUUUCACUUGUCGACAUAGGACACCUGUGUUUUCUUGGUGGUUGUGGAGAAAUUUGUUAUGUUUCCAAAACUGUAAAAGCACCGUACUAAUGAAUAUAACAGAUGUAAGUAAAACUUGAAAUUCAAUUAUUCAACAGAAGGCUCUGUCAAAACAUAAGAAUAUAAAAAAGCACCCAGGAAAAGAGACAACCAUCUGCCUGAACAAUAAAUAAUGCGAUGUCUCAUUUUCAUAUGCAAACAUGAACUGUCAUGUGCUUUCAAAGGCUGGCUUCUCUUACAAUGUGUAUUAAUUGAAUUUGCUUUCUCCUUCAGUGAGGUAACGCUUAAGACAUUUAACAGUACUGUAGGCUUGUCUUUACUGUUAAAGCUUUUUCUAAAUCUGAUUUUUGUGAUAUCAGAUUGUCUCCAGUGAGGGGAAAUGAUGGAAUACAGAGAUAAUGAUCAGGGCACAGCUGAGCCGAGAUCCAAACGUGAUUUAAUUAAUAAUUCAUAUUACAAUUAUGACUGAAGAUUGCCGAACCAGUCCGCAUGCAUUUUGUGGACUUUCCCUCUGAGUGUUAUGUGGGUGGUGCUUCGGGAGUAUGGGGUGUCUGGCCUGUUGCUACAAGCCAUUCGAUCCUUAUACAACCACUGCAAGAACUUGGUCCCCAUAGCCAGGAAUGAGUCGAACUCGUUGCCGAUGGUGUUGGACUCCACCAGGGCUGCCCUUUGUCACUGAUUCAGUUCAUAAUUUUUAUACAGACAGAAUUUCUAGAUGUAGCCAAAUGGGCCAUUUCAGAAUCUUGCCUCCGCUUUUUGCAGAUGAUGUGGUUCUGUUUGCUUCAUCAGCUGGUGGCCUCCUGCUUAAAAUGAGAAUAGUCCUCGGCUGUAAAAGGCUGAAGUGCCCACCCCAUGUCACGAGCGAGAGGAGAGGGGAGCGAGAGAUGUACAGACACACUGGUGCUGCAGUGAUGCAGAUGUUGUAUCUGUCCGUGGUGGUGACGAUAGAGCUGAGCGUCCCUACGUCCCUACCCUGACCUAUGGUCUUGAACUUUGGGUAGUGACCAAAAGAACGAGAUUGCGGAUGAUGGCCUGCCUCUCCCUUAGAGAUAGGAGUUUGACCAGACGGGGCUCAGGGUAGAGCACCUCCUGCUCAAAUGAUGAUCCACAUGAUCCACAUCGAAAGGAGCCAGUUGAGGCUGUUUGGGCAUCGGAGAAGAAUACCUCCUGGGUGAGGUUUUCCAGGCAUGUCCCACUGGAAGGAGGCCCCACGACAGACCCAGAACACGGUGGGGAGAUUAAAUCUCUUGGCUGGCCUGGGAACACGUUCGUGUUCCCUCACACAAGCUGGAGGAGGUGGCUGGGGAGAGGGAAGUCUGGGCUUCUCUGCUUAGGCUGCUGACCCUGUGACCCACCCCGGAUAAGCAGAAGAGAAUGGAUGGAUAUUGCAAUUAUAAAAUCCUUUUGGCUCUCUGUUGAAUCUCAAAUAUGCACCCAACAGCUGGAUAGCCAACUGGGAGACUGAUUAAAGAUAUUCAAUAGGGUGCAAAUGAAUCAUUUAACUGACUUCUAAUCUAUUUAUGCGGAUGGUUGGCCUUGUUUGUCUCGGUUAUAUCACUCUGUGCUGGUUACAUUAACUGCCUCAGAAAUAUACCCUCAUAAAAACCUCUUUUCUUGAGGUUUCACCUCACAGAGAGCGAAUGAUUGAGGGUAGUAUUUGUCUUUUACUAAGUACAGUGAAAUUUUUUAAAAAUGUGUCUGCUUUCAUGGUCCGAGUCUUUUUAUUUAUGAGGCAGAGACAGAUGAUUGACAGUUUAAGAAAUACCAUUAUGAGCUUAAGUGUGUGAAAUAUCUGGGCAGUGAGCCCAAAACCUAUGUUAGACAGCAGGAUGCUUUUACAACAUAACCUUCAAACAAAUGUGCUAUCAUUUGAUUACUGUUUAAACGCUAUACCUAAAUGGGAUGAGUUUUUGGAUUCAGUCCAAACUCUACCAUCUUUCACAGCUCCUUCUGGGCCUGCAACACACUGACUGAUAUACACGAGCACAGGACUUUUUUGGUUUUUCUGAAGCCUACCUUUGGCCAAUCACAUGCUUUGAAGGAGAUUUAAAAUUUUAUAAAAUGUCAUAUAUUGUUUAGGUUGUUAAAUUGUUAUUUUUUUCUCAUAAUAAGAACUCAGUUUUAUUAAUGGUUAUUCUGUCGAGAUAAUCUAUCGAGAUAAUCGGAAGAACUAAAUUAUUUAGGAACUGCAGAUCAAACAGAUUAAACUUAGUGUUCUCAACUUUGUGGUCUCUCACCUGCUAUAAAGUUGAGAUGAGAAAUUGACAUUGAGAAACCAAUAGCGAAAAAAUGAUGUCGUUAUGAAUCUGUGCGUGAUUUUGAGUAUAACACUUUGGGGCAUCAAAGUGCUAAGUAGCAUGUCGAAGCAUACUGGUGUACAGGGAAUAAACUUUGUCAUCGUUGGAUAAAAGUCAUUAUGUUUUCUUGAUCAAAGUUUAACAGCUCUCUUAGUUUAGGAAUCCUAAUUUUUGUUGUUAUUUAGCAGGAUGCAGAGGACCCAGAAUACAAUAAAAACAACCUGUUAGCUACAGCCAUGUAGCUCAAACCACUGAGCUAAUGUUAAUGUUAAUGCGCUAAUGCUAACAUCAGUGACUGAUGUGAAACUCACCACUGUAAUAUACUGUGUCCUGCUACUGUUGUGUCAUUAAUCACCAUCAGUUGGAUAUUUUUAAUAAUAAACUGUGUUUUUAAA